CAGGUUAGGACGCGUAUGAGGCACAGAGUAAACUUUCAGACAGAGGAACUGUGACAUCACGCCAUUAGAGGGUUUCAUUUACAAAGAUAGCGACUGAAAAAUCUUUGAUGAGUGGAUUCUUCAGGUUAGGAGGCAGUGACAAACCAUUGCUUUAUUUCUGUCUUCUCUGGAGAGUAGAAGAUAACAUCAGCACCAUCGACAGGAUAUUUUCAGCAUCUCUUGCUGCCUGUUAUUCUUCUGCCGAAAACAGAAGUUCAUGUAUUUUAUUUCUCUCUUCUCCAAAACAUAAAAGAUGGCAUCUAAAUAUUCAGUAGGACGUUUUCAGCAUCUCCUGCUGCCUCUCUUUCUGACUUUCUGUUUUGGAGGAGCAUUCUACACUUACUUCAAGCCAACUAUAAUCUGGACGCUAUGUUCUGAUGCUGUCGUGUCCUCAGAUAAAGUCUGCUUUGAUAAAUGCUUCAAUGUUUUCAAAGAGUUCUUUCUCAAAAAUUCAACCAUCACCAGCACUCCUAACUGCACCUUGGCUAACAAACAACCACUGAUCACCAAACCAAGUGUCAUGGAAGAAAAUCAUGACCAUGACACCAUCAUAUUACUUUGGUCAUGGCCUUUUGGUUUUACAUUUCAAGGAGAAACCUGUGAUUCAGAAUAUGGUAUUAAAGGCUGUCACAUUACAGAUGACAGAAGACAGUAUUACAAAGCCCAUGGUGUUAUGUUUCAUCACAGAGACAUCGGUGGCGAUUUACCAAACCUGCUAAACAUGCCACGACCUCCACACCAGAAGUGGGUGUGGAUGAACAUGGAGUCUCCUGAUAAUACACCAAGAUGGACUGUGACAGAUGAUUUAUUCAAUCUGACUGCAAAUUAUAGGAGAGAUUCAGAUAUCUGGGUGCCUUAUGGGAGAAUCAUAGACAUCUCUGAGAAGGACAAACCCUUUACAAUACCACCAAAGGACAAAUUGGUGUGCUGGGUCGUCAGUAACUGGAACCCCAACUAUAGCAGAGUCAAAUAUUUUAAUGAACUGAGCAAAUACAUCAAAAUAGAGGCUUAUGGUAGAUCCUUCAACCGGUACAUUAAUGAUGAGGACUAUAAGGCUACUUUGUCUAGUUGUAAAUUCUACUUAUCAUUUGAGAGCUCCACCCACAAAGACUACUUCACUGAGAAGCUGUUUAACCCCAUGAAAGUUGGCACAGUUCCUGUGGUUCUCGGUCCACCCAGAGAGAACUAUGAGGAAUUCCUUCCAGCAGAUUCAUUCAUUCAUGUGGAUGAUUUCAAAUCCUCUCAGGAACUUGCAGAACAUCUCAAAUUUCUAGACCAGAACCAGGAAGCUUAUGAACACUACUUCACCUGGAGACAACACUUUACUGCUAAACGUUCACGUUUCGGGCUAGAACACGCUUGUCGAAUUUGUGAUCAUAUAAGAAAACACAAGGGCUACAGAGUGUUUAGAGGUCUCAGUAAAUGGUACUGGGAUUAGCUAGCAGUUUAUUUUCGAAGCAUAUGCAGACUCUUGCAUUGGGAAAGACUUUAAUACUAAACCAUGCUUCCACCUGCUACAUUAUUCCAUUUAAGGAUAUAUUCCUGGUUCAUAAAGAUUACCUGUUUAUUUUCCUUGUCAUGGAGUGCUUUACUGAAUAUUAUAUUUCAUGCAUAUUAAGAGGGUGUGGUUGGGUGACUAAUGACCAGGUUGUAGAUGUCCUAUUAUAGACAACAGAAGAAUGUUCCAUUUAUACAACACCUUCCGAACACUCUUUUCACAGUUGAUGUAAUGAGAAACUAUAAUAAAGAAAUAAGAAAGGUUUGGGGGAAAAUGUACAUUUUAAGAUUUGUCUCAAAAUGACAGAAGAAAUGUCCAUGGAUUGGUUUGCAAGUAAGAAGCAGUUGAUUCUCUGUGAA